CUGCGGUCUCGCCUUCCUGCAAUCCUGCUUCACUUCUCCCCAUCCCGCGAUCAGAGGGAUACUCCAAGCCCUAAUCUUUUCCCUCUGUGCCGUCGGAGCCAGCUGUGGGGGAGUUCGGUCCUGGGGUUCUGCGUCGAUCCCUGACAUCUAGGGUUCCGAGAUGGGCGAUCACAAGGAGGUCUUCCGCUCCCUCCGAGAGCUCUUCGUCCAGGUUGAUCAUCGUAUACUGAAGGCCAUUGCCAUUGAGCACUGUAAAGAUGUUGAUAGUGCGGUAGUUGCUGUCCUUGAUGAAGUCAUGCCGUCUAUGAUUGGUUCGGCUGGAGCUUCAUCUGCUCAUCAAGAAGUCGUGCCAUCUAAGGCUGAUUCUGUUGGGAAUUUAUUUGCUAAUCACAGCACGCGUGAAGUGGGAAGUUCAUCAUCUUCUGGACAUGAUAUGCGUGUUGAUGAGGUUGAUGGAAGUGUUCAUUCUGCACAAGACUCAUCUUCUGUGGAGCUCAAAACUAGUACACAAGAAAUCGUAUACAGUGAACUACAUGUGGGAAGGCCUACAUCCAUCCAAGGGACGAAUGAACAACUAAGUUUACAUUCCUUCUCUAUUCAAAAUGAUAAUCAACAUGAUUUGAUUCCCGACCUGGAUGCGAGGUAUUCAAAUCCCAGUUCCGAAAGAAAGUUGGCUAACUCAGACAAUGAAGUUGGGUAUGGUGGAUAUUUAUCAAGUGAAUCUUUUUCUCAAUCACCGAUUGGGGAAAAGGGUGGUGACAGCAUAAUUAUUAAUAAAGCUCCACAACAUUAUAAGCAAGAUUCUAACAAGAUAAUUCCAGUUGGGGAUUGCAUUCCCCAGAACAAUUCAUUGAACUUUUUCAAUGGUUAUGCAGACAUAAAUGAUGGCGAGGAUUCCUUGCUGUCCUUGCUUUUAAGUCUUGCUUCUGACAAUGAAGUAUCUUCUGGAAUUCUGAGUACUGAAAAAGAUGCUUUUGCGCCCGUGCUGGAUGUUCCCAGUCCAGAUACAGAAGGAUCCUCUGUGGAGACUUCUGGCGUCAUAGAACAGAAGAAUACCAGCAACACUGGCACCGGCUAUAACAAGCAGCUUUCAGGGGAUAUAGUUGAGAAUGGCUUGCCUUCUAGAAUGGAUAUGCUUCCUGAUCUUAAUUUGAAUCACUUUGCUUCUACGGUUUCAACUCAUUCAAGCCAUUCUGUUUGUGUUGAGUCUCUCGAGGAUUCUAUUGCUGAUGCCAGAAGCAAUAAGAAUGAUCUGUUACCUUCUAUAGAGUUGGUUAUGAAAAUGUUAGAGGAUGCAGAGCUUCUUGAAGAAAAAGCUAAAGUAGCCAUGCAUGAGCCGCCUGUUUCUGGGACAGGCAUUCUGACAAAAGUUGAGGAGCUAAAAGAAAUGUUGACUCAUGCAAAGGAAGCAAAUGAUAUGCAUGCUGGUGAGGUUUUUGAUGAGAAAUCUAUUUUAAUGACAGAGGCACGUGAGCUUCAAUCUCGACUUCAGCGGCUGUCAGAUGAGAGGAAUAAAUAUCUGGUGGUAAUUGAAGAGAUACGCCAAACUCUUGAUGAAAGAUUGGUUGCUGCACAACAAGAAAUUGCAGCAGCUGAGAAAGAAAAGAUUGAAAAAGAGGCCGCCGCUCAGGCACUGCUUGAUGAACAAGAAAAGAUGAUGAAUUCUAUUGUUGAAGAAUCAAGAAAGUUGCAGGAAGAAGCAGAGGAGAACUUGAAAUUGAAGGAAUUCUUGGUUGAGCGGGGUCACAUUGUUGAUACGCUGCAAUGUGAGAUGGCGGUAAUAUGUGAGGAUGUCUCUCUGCUCAAGCAAGUGGUGGAUGAGCGCCUGUCAUUGAGCAAGUUGCAGCGUUCAACAAUGUUGAGCCUCUCCUCUUCGUUGCAUUCUUCGCUUCACAAGAGUGGGAGUUCCUCGGACAGGACUGUCGAAGCAGUUGAGUCUACAGAUAAGCACACAGUCGCUGAAGCUGCAAGCCCAGUGGCCAAAGAUCUGGAUGGCAGAAUCGUGGAAGUGUCAGAUGGCAACAACAGUACCGAUAAAGGCAUUUGUAAGCGACAGGUUUCCAACGACGAUGGCUGGGAAUUUCUUGAAGAUGUUUAAGAGUAGCAGGGUUGCCAGUGGAUCGUGAUGAAUAGAAAUAGAAAGUAUAAUAAUAAUGUCAAAACGUUCUAUUCACUAAUUUAGUAGAUUUCGUAUGAAUCUGGGAAUUGACGUGGAGUAGCAAGUAUCUCAGAUGAGUUUAAAUACUGCUGGAUAUGAUUGUAUUAUGGAGAUCUUAGUAUAAUUAUAUAACUAGUACGACGGAUUCCUUCA